GACUCUCUAAAGAUCAACUGCAUCCUGUCGAGUUCCCCGCUGCUGCUCCUCUCCUUCAGUCACACUGAGGGGUGAUGCCUGAGGCGCAUCACUUUUCACAACUGGACCAUGAACAACUUCAUCCUUCUGGAAGAACAGCUGAUCAAGAAGUCCCAACAGAAGAGAAGGACUUCUCCCUCGAAUUUUAAAGUCCGUUUCUUUGUCUUAACGAAAGCCAGCCUGGCUUACUUCGAGGACCGCCAUGGGAAGAAGCGCACGUUGAAGGGCUCCAUCGAACUCUCCAGAAUCAAGUGUGUGGAGAUUGUCAAGAGUGACAUUAGCAUCCCAUGCCACUAUAAAUACCCUUUUCAGGUUGUGCAUGACAACUACCUCCUGUAUGUGUUUGCUCCAGACUGCGAGAGCCGGCAACGCUGGGUGCUGACCCUUAAAGAAGAAACGAGGAACAACAACAGCCUGGUAUCCAAGUAUCACCCUAAUUUCUGGAUGGACGGGCGGUGGAGGUGCUGUUCCCAGCUGGAAAAGCUUGCAGUAGGCUGUGCUCCCUAUGACCCAACCAAGAAUGCUUCAAAGAAACCUCUUCCUCCUACUCCUGAAGACAACAGGCGGUCACUUCAGGAACCAGAAGAAACCCUGGUCAUUGCCUUGUACGACUACCAAACCAACGAUCCUCAGGAGCUCGCGCUGCGGUGUGAUGAAGAGUACUACCUGCUGGACAGCUCUGAGAUCCACUGGUGGCGAGUUCAAGACAAGAAUGGGCAUGAAGGAUAUGCACCAAGCAGUUACCUGGUGGAAAAAUCUCCAAAUAACCUUGAAACCUAUGAGUGGUACAAUAAAAGCAUCAGCAGAGACAAAGCUGAAAAACUUCUUUUGGACACAGGUAAAGAAGGAGCAUUCAUGGUCCGAGAUUCCAGGACACCCGGGACAUACACAGUCUCUGUUUUCACCAAGGCCAUCAUAAGUGAGAACCCCUGUAUAAAACAUUAUCACAUCAAAGAAACAAAUGACAGCCCCAAGCGGUACUACGUGGCUGAGAAGUAUGUGUUUGACUCCAUCCCUCUCCUCAUCCAGUAUCACCAGUACAAUGGAGGAGGUUUGGUCACUCGACUCCGGUAUCCAGUUUGCUCCUGGAGGCAGAAAGCCCCUGUCACAGCAGGGCUAAGAUAUGGGAAGUGGGUGAUCCAACCCUCAGAGCUGACGUUCGUGCAGGAGAUUGGCAGCGGGCAGUUUGGGCUGGUGCAUCUCGGCUACUGGCUCAACAAGGACAAGGUGGCCAUCAAGACCAUUCAGGAAGGGGCGAUGUCAGAAGAAGACUUUAUCGAGGAAGCGGAAGUCAUGAUGAAACUGUCUCACCCCAAACUGGUGCAGCUCUACGGGGUAUGCCUGGAGCAAGCCCCCAUCUGCCUGGUGUUUGAAUUCAUGGAGCACGGCUGCCUGUCGGAUUACCUUCGAAGUCAGAGGGGUCUCUUUGCGGCAGAGACUCUGCUGGGCAUGUGCCUGGACGUGUGUGAGGGCAUGGCCUACCUGGAAAAGGCGUGUGUCAUCCACAGAGACCUGGCUGCCAGAAACUGUUUGGUGGGAGAAAACCAGGUCAUCAAGGUGUCCGACUUCGGGAUGACAAGGUUUGUCCUUGAUGAUCAAUACACCAGCUCCACGGGCACCAAAUUCCCAGUGAAGUGGGCAUCCCCAGAAGUGUUCUCCUUCAGUCGCUACAGCAGCAAGUCAGAUGUGUGGUCGUUUGGUGUACUGAUGUGGGAAGUCUUCAGUGAAGGCAAAAUCCCAUAUGAAAACCGAAGCAAUUCAGAGGUGGUGGAAGACAUCAGCACUGGCUUUCGGUUAUACAAGCCCCGCCUAGCCUCCUCUCAUGUCUACCAGAUCAUGAAUCAUUGCUGGAAAGAGAAACCAGAAGACCGGCCACCCUUCUCUCAGCUGUUAAGUCAGCUGGCAGAAAUCGCAGAAUCUGGACCUUAGCAGGGACUCAUUGACCAGCCGCAGCCAUGAAUCCUGAGUGAAGGAACAAUGUCCUUUUUCCAGAGCAUUAAAAGCUGCCACCAGCCCAGGACCCCCACACACAGAUGCCUGGACCAUGGUGCCAGCGCCUGUGCAGCCACAACUGCAGCAUCCUAGAAGAGGCCAGAGACCAGCUGCUGAGCCAACAGCUGGGCCACAACUGGAGCAGUGUCUCUGUGUCCACCCCAUCCCAGCCUCUUGUCACAUGCCGUACUCAAAGCUCCAUCGUCUGCUCUCGGGAGCAUCCCUUCCCCUUCUUAGCAAUCAGGAGAGGCAGACGUAGGCCACACUCUUCCUUUUAUAAUUAUUUUAAGAAUAGUUCAAGUAACCUUUAAUUUGGCCAAAUGAGACAAUAUGCCCAUUUUAUGGAUGGAAGAGUAAGAAAGCAUCAUUCUUUUUCUAAGAAAUGCAAGAGGUGAUUAAACCAGGAUGUUCUACUUCGAGGCUGUCAGCCACAGUUUCCUGCCACACAUGAGGUGGAGUGGCUGCUUGUGCCAGAGGCCGGAUGUCACAAGGUUUCAGAGCACACUGCCACCUCCCUUUGAUGGGGCACAGUGAGCUCCAUUGGGUAGACAGAGUGGGCAACACAUUCAGACCCCAAGCCCCAUGGCUGGAUCAUGGGGUGUGUGAGGUUGAUCAGAAAUGAGAGGGCCUCUGAUGGAGGGAAGAAACGGGUACAAAAGAAGUCUUUAGAUUAUUACUGGUCCAGUGCCCUGCUUCAUGGUGAGCCACAUACAAGACUGGAUCUCCCGUUCUGUGCAGGAUGCUGAGGCACUGACUACAGAAUGUUCAUUGUUCCAACCUCUCAGGAGCAGCAUCCACUCGGCACUUCUCACAUGAACCAAGAUAGGGCAGCACUCUGAUGAUCCGUGUGACUUUGAGACUUUGGGUUCUCUCAGGUCUUAGAGGUUCAUCCAUCUUAGGGGUUGAUCCACAUCAAGGCUCUCAAGAUCCUAGCAAAAGAAGGAGGAGUUUGCUCUUGCACAAACUAUCUGGAAGGAAAGAGAGUCAAGCACUGGGAGGUGCUUCCAAAGUGUGCAAGACGUCCCCUGUUGAUUGGCACUGGGACAGGUAACAUAGGUUUAUCCUGUGGGCCGAUUAUUCCUGGCGAGUCACAGUUCAUACCAACCCAACCAUUCAGUAUUAUUCCUGUUUUACAGAAAGCGAACUUGGUCUUUUAAAAGCCAGACAGCUGGGCCCCAGUGACAGAGCUGGGAAGGACAGAGGUUGAGAUGCUCCCCGAAUAUAAUGCCAGUGCAGCCUCUUAGCUCUUCUCAACACUGCCUCCUACUGAGACAGGACUGCGCAGCAAGUUAGUACAGGAAAGUCAGUCCUUAAGCAGUGUACCACCACCCAGCCAUGCUGCUCCUACACAGAACACUGGGGGGCGCAGUGGGACCCUCCAAAUUGAAAUAUGCUGUUCUCUCUCUCCAUCUUCAUCCUCACCUGGAUCUGAGUUCACAACCCCAGCCACUCAAAAAUUAACCCUUUCAUUCUCCCAACCUAGCAGCGUCACAUCGCCUGAGGCUGUUUGUCCAAGAGCUUCAAAGGUGCUUUCAACUAGUCUCCGGCAGGCUGUUUCCUGUAAUUAUCCCUUCAACCUAGAGCUGGCUCUCUUGUGAGAAGGAGAAUUCCCUGGUGCCAGGCACACUUGAUUUUUCUGCGGUGUUCAGACAAAGCUCCUAGACAAAUGAUCAGAGUCAGCGAUCCCUCUUCCUAAGUCACAUGGCAUCUUGGCUGGCUUGAGACUCAAAUGCAUCACUUUCGACUGUAAUCAUGUCCAGAUAAAACUCUGCCAUUCAGAAAAUGAUCUUUCUCAACUGGCCCACAAUCAUCUCUGUUGAUUUCUCAGCCUACUGUACAUUCUCUUUUGGAAACCCUUAAUUAAGAAAUGAUUUCUGGGACAUCCAAUCUAGAAGAUAAACACUGGAACUAAGAGAUGUCUGUGGUGUGGUUUAGGAGACUGCCCCCUGGCCCCUUACAGUGAUAUUGGCUUUCUUAACCUCAUUUGCGUGGAGGCUUUGAUGGACAUGUGUGCACCGAUUACUCCAGUGUCCUGCUUGGGAAGAUGGGAUUCUCUUUUGCUGGUUUCUGUCUUACAUUUUUGUAAAUGGUGCCCUGUGUUCACAGAAAGGUUUUGGUUUGAAAUGUAUUUUGUAGGUCUUGCAAUUCGUAAUGUUUGGGACUAUGUAUUUAUGCCUGAAUCAGGAGAGUAUUUAUUGCUUGUGUUCAAGAUAAGAAUACUGCAGAUAUGUCUUACCCUCUGUAGGGGUCACAAGUCAAUAGCUGCUUAUGGCAAAAAGAUAAAAUAAAAUAAAGCUACAUGUUUUACAAAUA